GGGUCCGGAAGGUCUCGGGAAGACGUAGAAAAGGUUGCUCCGCUGCCAGGUGCUCCUGGGGAAAGCCGGGGUGCUGCACCACGGGGGUGCUUCCCCAGGGGCUUCCCGUCCUGGCCGCCGGCUGCCUCCCAAGGGCCCAGUAGGUACCGGGGAAGAUGACAGAGGAACUGGGUCUCCCGGGACAGGACUCUGAUGGCGGUAGUGAGGAGGUGGUUCUAACUCCCGCAGAGCUCAUUGAACGGCUGGAGCAGGCUUGGAUGAAUGAAAAGUUUGCCCCUGACCUUCUGGAAAGCAAGCCUGAAAUUGUGGAAUGUGUCAUGGAACAGCUAGACCACAUGGAAGAAAAUCUCAGGAGAGCAAAGAAGGGGGACCUGAAGAUCAGUAUCCAUCGAAUGGAGAUAGAGAGGAUCCGUUAUGUCCUUAGCAGCUACUUGCGGUGUCGGCUCAUGAAGAUAGAGAAGUUUUUUCCUCAUGUCCUUGAAAAGGAGAGAACACGCCAUGAGGAGGAGCCUUCCAGCCUUUCUCCAGAAGAGUUUGCCUUUGCCAGAGAGUACAUGGCGAACAUAGAGACCUAUCUAAAGAAUGUAGCCUUAAAGCAUAUGCCUCCUAAUUUACAGAAAGUGGACCUCUUGAGGUCAGUUCCCAAACCGGAUCUAGAUUCAUAUGUGUUUCUGAGAGUGAAAGAAAGACAAGAAAACAUCCUGGUAGAACCAGAAACAGAUGAGCAGAGGGACUAUGUGAUUGACUUGGAGGAAGGCUCGCAGCACUUGAUCCGAUAUAAAACCAUUGCGCCUCUAGUUGCUUCUGGAGCUGUACAGCUAAUUUAAAACCAAAAAUAAAUAAACAAGAAUGAAGACAUGGAACCUUAGAGAAAAUAUUUAGAAACCCCACAUAUCACUCUGUGCCUAAGGACAGGCUUUUCUCAGCAGUGCUGUGAGUCACUUGGGCAUUGAGAAGGCACUCAGGGUUCCUAACUUGCGCAUGCCCUAACUUCCUGCCGGUUUAUGUAGAAUCAGCAGGUGGGGCCAUCGCUCUGUUCAGUCUAUACUGGGCAAGUACAUGACUGACUCACUUUGUGCACCUUUUCCCUUUGUGGCAUUUUUUAAAAAAUAUUUUUACUGUAGAAAUGUGAGGGUUUUUUUUUUCUUUAAAUAUAUUUUUGUUGAUCUCAGAGAGGAAGGGAGGGGGAGAGAGAUAGAAAUAUCAAUGAUGAGCGAGAAUCAUUGAUUGGCUGCCUCCUGCACACCCCAGUCUGGGCAUCGAGCCCACAACCCGGGCAUGUGCCCUGACCAGGAACUGAACCGUAACCUCUGGUUUAUAGGUUGACGCUCAACCACUGAGCCAUGCCAGCCAGGCCCUUUGUGAUAUUUUUUGAACUAAGGAAAGUGAGGCAAAGGUAAUUCAUAAAGAGGCAUCACUGCCUGUGAUAUGGGGACUGUAGUUAGCGCUGACCUGGUGGUGGCAGGAGAAUUCAUUUAACCUUCCUAGUGGAAAGAGUGUAAAUAGAUGAAAGAAAACAGCUGUGACCUUCUUCUCUGAUGUGUCUCUAAAUUGUAUAAACCUUUGGAACCUCUAACAUUGGUCAUCAAACCAGUUUCUGUCUUACUUAACUGAGAGUCACAACUAAACCAAUAAAUCAUUAAGUUUCAGUUUUGUGGCAGAAGGA